CCAGCCUCCAGCCCCCCACCGCCGGGAACUCGUACUUGGAGGCCGGUGAUCAGGAUCUACGCAGCCUUCAUUUCCUGGUGUGGAGGAGGCAGCUAGGCCGGCACAGGAGAAAUGGAGCCCGAGUCCUUCUACAACCUGCUGCAGCGUCCUAAGGUGGUGGGGCCGCCGGCGGAGGAGGAACUCCCACAAGGAGAAAAGAAGAAAUACCUGCCGCCCACGUCCCGGGGGGAUCCCAAAUUUGAAGAACUGCAGAAGGUCCUGAUGGAGUGGAUUAAUGCCAAGCUCCUCCCAGAGCACAUCGUGGUCCGCAGCCUGGAGGAGGACAUAUUCGAUGGGCUCAUCCUGCACCACCUUUUCCAGACACUGACCGGGCUCAAGCUGGAAGUGGAGGAGAUGGCCCUGACCGCCCCGAGCCAGAGGCGCAAGCUCGAGGUGGUCCUCGAGGCCGUCAACGGCAGUCUGCAGGUGGGGGAGCAGCAGCUCAAGUGGAGCGUGGCAACCAUCUUCAGCAAGGACCUGCUGGCCACCUUGCAUCUGCUCGUGGCCCUGGCCAAGCGCUUCCAGCCUGACCUGCCCCUCCCGACCAAUGUCCGGGUGGAGGUGAUCACCAUGGAGAGCACCAAAAGUGGCCUGAAGUCAGAGAAGUCAGUGGAACAGCUCACUGAAUGCAGCACAGAAAAGGACCAGCUGGCAAAGGACGUCUUCGAUGAAUUAUUUAAGCUGGCUCCGGAGAAAGUGAACACGGUGAAAGAGGCCAUUGUGAACUUCGUCAACCAGAAGCUGGACCGCCUGGGCCUGUCUGUGCAGAAUCUGGACACCCAGUUUGCAGACGGGGUCUUCUUACUCCUGCUGAUUGGACAACUGGAAGGCUUCUUCCUGCACUUGAAGGAGUUUUACCUCACUCCCACCUCUCCUGCGGAAAUGCUGCACAAUGUCACCCUGGCCCUGGAUCUGCUGAAGGAUGAAGGUCUGCUCACCUACCCCGUCAACCCUGAAGACAUCGUGAAUAAGGAUGCCAAGAGCACUCUGCGGGUCCUCUACAGCUUGUUUCAAAAGCAUAAGCUGAAAGAAGGCAGAGACAGCAGCACACCCUGUGGAUCCCCAAAUUAACUGUCGCCAGCCCCCAAAGCUGCUUCUUGGCACCUGCCUGCUGCCCCAGCGAAGGCCCAAGGGCCACAGAGGGGCCUCCCAUCUGGCGGCCAGCGGCCCUGUCCCCUGUGUGUCCCCCGCAUGCCUGCCCCGCCGCCCCCCCCCCCGUCCCGUUUCCAUCUGAGAAUCUGAAUUCACUAGGCAUGGAUCUGUUCUGAGCCAGCCUGGCCUCACUCAGUUUAUAUUAACAAGCGCAUUUCUGGGAGGGAUCCCAGGAGCCUGCAGUGUCCUGGGAGAUGCAGUUAAAAUCUGCAUGUGUAUGAGCUGAGGCCCCUCACCCCCAGCGCAGCUCCCCUUGCCAUGGGGCCCGGCCUGGACGGUGCUCAGAGUCCCACCUCCAAGGGCACCUGUGGGGGCACCUGCCAGAGCAGCUGAGGCCCAGCCAUGCUGACCUCCACUCGGGCUCUAGGGCCUGACUUGGGAGCAGAAAGGACUCUCAGGUGUCCGGGCUGAUGGCCAGAGGACCCAGCCUGCCCACAGUCAGCUGCCGCCAGCCUGCCUCUCGCUUGGGGUGAAGGGCCCCAGAAUCGGCCUCUGGAGGCAGGAGCCCCAUGUGACUCCAAAACCAAGCCCCUGAGCCACUUGGGGAAGUUAAGUCAGUGACUCACCAGAGGAGCCGUGGCCCAGGCCCACCCCUACAGCUGUCACAGAGAGCCUUGCCCGGAGGUCAUGAAGGAGAAAUCUUUGUGCUCCCCCCAUCUGUCCUGGGAGGUACCUUGCCUGCUCUGGUGAGACUUGGCACUUGCUGCCCACGUUUCUCAAAGAAUAUGUCCCCGUAGGAGGUUGACCACGGCUGUCCCAGUAGCUGACAUGUGGUGGGAACCAGCCAGGGCAAGGCUCCGUGGGCGGGGGUCGGGGCUGUUGUGGGCACCCUGGGGCUGCAGCUGGGCUUCUCCCUUGCGUUCCAAGCUCCAGGCCCCCGUGGAUGACAUAGCCCGAUAGAUCUGGGGUUGUCACAGUUUGACGGCCUUGGAUUUGGGGAGGGGCUUUGGGGUUGGGGGCUGGUGUGGGCUCGGCCCUCUUUGCCAGACCAGCUGGAGGUGGAGCUUGGGAGGACGUCCUACAGGGAGUGACACCAGGAGCCUUGGGGUCGGUGUCUGAGUGUGAUAGCUUCUCCAGGGGUCUUCCUUCCACACCACCCCCAUGCACCUGCACUUUCCCCUCCGAUUCACAGGGGAUUAGGUAUAGAUGAGGUCACGAGGGUAGGGCCCUCGGGAUGGGAUUAGCAUCCUAACAAAGAGAGGAAGAGACACCAGAGCUCUCUGCCAUGUGAGAACACAGCAAGAAGGUGGCCAUCUGCGAGGCACGAAGAGGGCUCUCACCAGGAACUGAAUCAGGCACCUUGAUCUUGGAUUUCUAGACUCCAGAAGUGUGACAGAUGCAUGUCUGUUCUUUAAGCAACCGCCCACCCCGUCUGUGGUGUUUCAUCAUAGCAGCCGCAGCUGACUGACUCAGGUUCCCAAUACCACUAGCCAUGAUGGAAGAUAAAAUCAAAACCACAGGAGAUAUCACUGCACAGCUCCUAGAGUGGCUAAACAGAAAAGCCCGACAGUACCAAGUGUGGACAAGGAUGUGGGGCCGCCAGAAUUCUCACACGUUGCUGGUGGGAAUGCAAAAUGGUACAUUGACUUUGGAAAGGAGUUUGACCGUUUCUUAUUCACUAAAACACACACCGUAGGACCCAGGCAUUUCACUGCGAGGGGUUAAUCUAAGAUCGAUGAAAACACGGGUCUAUGCAAAGACUUAUGCAUGAACAGCAACACUACUAGAAAAAACCUCAGAGUGGGAAGAACCCAAGGGUCGCUGGUGAACGCAACACAACACCGGUGUCCGUACAGUGGGUUCUGCUGGGCCCCGAGGGAAGGCGUGUUGAUACAGAAACAAUGAGGAAGACACUGGUAGCACUGGGCAGAGUGGAAAAUUGGAGACGUGGCAGGCUAAGUACUGAUGAUACAGUUGAUACAAAUUCUAGAAAAGGCAAAACUGCAGCGGGGGCGGGGGGUGGUCCCCAGUGAUGUGGGAAACAAAUGGAGAAGAGAAAGUAUUAAAUCUUCUUCCCUACAGCCCACUGAUGAGUCCUUGAAAGAGGCAGGGUGACCCUCUCUGGGAGCUCAGCUGCAUCGAUGUGAUACUCUGCUGAGAGCAAAGGAGAACCUUAGUCCGACCCCCAGGAUCCUGUGAGUCUACUUUAACAUAUAAAAAUUCCUACAGAAAUUCCCUCUAUCUCUAAAUCCCCCGAGACGUGUGUUGGCGAUCACCCCCAAGCACACGGCCCACCGAUACACAUCUGGAGGGUCUCAUGACUCAGGUUUUAAUAGAUGGUCAUCAAUGACCCUUUCCCAACAACAGCUGGCCCCUCAAGGUCCUGGAAACCUUGCUUCCAAAAUCCCUUAGAGACCUGUGCCAGCCCAACCCCCUCCCAACUUGAAACCAUAAAAAGGGCCACUCCUCACCACCCCAGUGCAGCUCUUCCUGCCCAGGGUCCUGUCCGCGUGCUUUAAUAAAAUCACCUCCUUGC